AUGAACAGUAUCGAUGCAGCUAUACAAUUUUCUAACGAAAAUCUUGUUCUUCAAUGUGAAUUAUUGGGUGGAAUUCAUCGAAAUAUUGCUCAAAUACAUUUGGCAGCUGCAGAUGUAAUUAACGAUAAUGAACAAAAACUAUCCAAAUAUAAUCAAGCCCUAGAUAUACUGGAAAAUUGUUUUCCAAUUGAUGAAGAAGCAAUAGCUGUUUGUCGAAGUAAAAUUGGCGACCAAAUGCUUGUCUAA